AUUUUUCCUCUUAAUUAAUGUUCUAAUGUUUUACGCAGGAAUACUAUAACCCAAACCAAUGCAUGCUGGAGUUGGUUUUUGCCCCUGCAGAAGAAUGGAUUUCAAGAAGCGGCUCCGAAAUUAUUGAUGCUACGAUGAAGGAACUUGCUAAACUUUUUCCGGAUGAAAUCUCAGCAGAUCAAAGCAAAGCAAAAAUCUUAAAGUAUCACGUCGUUAAGACACCAAGGUCUGUAUACAAAACCACCCCAAAUUGUGAACCAUGCCCUCCUUUGCAAAGAUCUUCCGUAGAGGGGUUCUAUCUAGCAGGUGACUACACAAAGCAAAAGUGUUUCGCCUCAAUGGAAGGUGCUGUUCUUUCAUGGAAGCAUUGUGCACAGUCCAUUGUACAGGUGAUCAUCAACACUUCUAUUGUUUUCUUUAUCUCUAUAAUGGCUGAAGCAAUUGUUUCAAGGGUGCUGGAAAAGUUGAGUUCAGUAUUAGAGGAGGAGGUGAGCCGUAUUGCUAAUGUUCAUGGUGAAGUUGAAAAGCUCUGCAGUAAUUUUCGAGCAGUCAAAGCUGUUCUUGAGGAUGCGGAGCGACAGCAAAUGGGGAAGGGAAAGGCCAGUGUUCGAGAUUGGUUGUAUAAGCUUAAGGAAGUCUCAUAUGACAUUGAAAAUGUGCUGGAUGAGUGGAGCACAACAAUUUUCAAGUCAAAACUAGAGAAGAAGAAAGCAUGUUCCUUCAUCCCCUCUCCUUCCUUCUAUUUCAACAGAGGGAAAUUGCUUCACAAAACUGCACACAAGAUAUUGGAGUUGAAUGGGAGGUUAGAUGUUAUUGCAAAUGAGAGAGAAAAGUAUGGUCUUAAGGAAUUAAGUGUUGAAAACCCAAUUAGACGAGAGCAAACUACUUCUCUCGUAAAUUUAGCAGAAGUGUGUGGUAGAGUUAUGGAUAAGAAGAGGAUUGUAGAUAUUUUGUUGAAUGAGGGUAGAAUUGAGGUGAUCUCUAUGGUAGGUGUUGGGGGGAUUGGUAAAACUACUCUUGCCAAAGUAGCCUUCAAUAAUGAGAAAGUAGAAUCUCAUUUUGAGAAGAGGAUAUGGGUGUGUGCCUCUGAUCCUUUUGAUGUCAUGAGGAUUGCCAAAGCAAUUCUUACAUCUCUUGGUAAGAAGGAUGCUGUGCAAAAUUUGGUUGAAUUGGAGGAUGUAUUAAAACUCCUUAGAGACUCAGUCAAGGAUAAGAAAUUCCUACUUGUCCUAGAUGAUGUGUGGACUGAACACUAUGAAAGGUGGGGUCUAUUGAGAGACUCGUUGAGUUCUGGCUCACUAGGAAGCAAAAUCUUAGUGACCACACGUAAGGAGACUGUAGCAAGAACAAUGGGUUGCACUACGUUGUUCCCAGUGGAGCAGUUGUCUGAAGAAGAAAUCUUUCCAAAAGAUCAUGUGAUAGAAAAAGAUAAGUUAAUUGGGUUAUGGAUGGCACAGGGUUUGCUUAAGGGGACGCAACAUCGAGACAUGGAGAUGGUAGGGGAAGACUACUUCAAUGACUUGUCAAUGCGUUCUUUUUUUCAAGAUUUUGAAAAGGAUGCAAUUGGUGGCAUUAUCAAGUGCAAAAUGCAUGACAUAGUACAUGAUUUUGCUCAAUUUUUGACAAGAGGUGAGUGUUUGAUAAUGGAAGUGGGAAGCAGUAGUAGAAUUGAAGGUUUCAAUGAAAGUGUUCGUCAUGUGAGGUUGAUGAUUCCAUAUGAUAGUGAUGAAUGUCCUACUCAUAUUUAUGAUGCUAAAAACUUGCACACUUUGCUAGUUGAUUCUGCUUCAGUUGGCGAGUAUAAUGUAGAUUUAUUGAAAUUGUUUGAUGAGCUUAAAUGUCUGAGAAUAUUGAAGUGUCAAUCUGAAAGAAUUAAGAAAUGUCCAAAACAGAUAGGGAAUUUGAUACAUUUAAGGUCUCUUGACUUGUCAAAUAAUAGGUUUCUAAAGGAAUUGCCUGAUGCAGUUUGUGAUUUAUAUAAUUUGCUUAUAUUAGACAUUAGUGGAUGUGGAAAGCUUAGAAGUUUGCCUUAUAGAAUGGGAAAUCUAAUAAAUUUGCGGCAUCUUCGGAAUGAGGAUACAGAUUGUGUGGAAUUCAUGCCUAAGGGAAUGGAGAAAUUGACUUGUUUGCGAACAUUAAGUGAGUUCGUGGUGCGCAGUGGUGGGAAAGGAGCUGCUCUUAGUGAAUUGGGAAACUUGAUUCACCUUCGAGGGGAGCUUGAGAUAAGAGGAUUGAGAAAUGUCAGAGAUGAGAGAGAGGCUGAGAAGGCACAGUUACGAAAUAAGAAUGGGCUUACUACUUUGAUUCUGACUAUUGGUUUGACUUUCCUUCAUAAAAGGGAAGUUUCUGAAGCAUCCGUUAUUGUUCUUGAAGCCUUAGAACCGCCUUUAGACUUGGAAAGGUUGCAAAUAUGGGCCUACAAAUGCCCAACCCCAACCUUAGGGGUUUGGCCCAGUUGGAUAGUGUCUCUAAGCAAGCUGAAGUUCUUCGUGCUCGGUAAUUGUGUCAACGUUGAACAGUUGCCUCCCUUGUGGAAAUUGCCAUCACUGGAAAUGCUCAGUAUGUGGAAAAUUGAAGGAGUGAAAAAGGUGGGAGUUGAAUUCUUGGGAAUAGAAACAUCAUCUUUGUCUCCAUCUUCUUCUUCAUCAUCUGUUGUUGCCUUCCCCAGUUUAAAAUCACUGGCAUUUUCUGAAAUGGAGGAGUGGGAAGAGUGGGAUUAUGGAAGCAGAGGAGAAGAGGAUAUCAAAAUCAUGCCACGUCUUUCUUCCUUGGAGAUUUAUGGAUGUGAGAAGUUAAAGAUGUUGCCGGAUUCUAUUCUCCAAAGUACUACCCUCCAGAAUUUGCAUAUUGCUCAGUCUCCAGUUAUUUCAAAUCGCUGCAAAGGGGAAUACCAGCCCCAUAUCUCUCGCAUCCCUAAAGCGGACAUCCAGUGAAAACCUCAACUCUGCACAGGGAGCAAGGUUCUUCACUUUUGCUUAUAACAUGUUCAAUUUUUUUAUUUUUGAGUGAGCGACAAGGCCCGUACGUAUUCAAAUAUUAUUAAAUCAAACACUUUACUUCUA